AUGGACGUUCUAGCCGAGCUUUCCGUCUUGCAGCACGCCGCCGAGAGCAUGAUGGGGCCGGAAGUAACGCCAGCGGCAUCGCCCCGCGCUGGUGCAGCCCCGUGCUCCCCACAGACAGAUUUGAGUUUACACAACUCGAUCAAGGUUGACGAGCACGGCAACGUAUUUUUCAAUGUCAGCCAGUCUCACCAGCGCAUUUGGCUCAACGGCGUCGAUUUUCUUCAAGCGCUGGAUGACCUGCGUCGUCUCGUGGAUGCAUUGGAGGAGAUUUCGCCCAACCCAACACCCGUCCCUGUGAUCCACACGGGUGACGUCACUUGUAAUCUUUCAGCUUUCUCUCCCGCUACCACCGUGAUCCAAGGAAACCUGAACCUCGACAGCUGUGGUGCUGCCCUCAAUGCCGUUGCACUACAGCGUCUUGGCCGCGUCACGCGCAUCGACGGCGGUGUGCGCAUCAACAGAAACUCUGGGUUGGCCGACAUCGAGGGCCUGCACAGCCUCACCCACAUCCAAGGCCACCUUCAAAUUAAUGAUAAUCCUGCGUUGAGGAACAUUGACGGCCUGCGCAGCCUGAUCUUUCUCGGAGCACAUCUCAACAUCGCGAGUAACCUUGGGUUAGCCAGCAUCGGUGGCCUCAGCAGCCUCACCAACAUUACCCAAAGCCUUGACAUCAAAUACAACCACGAGUUGACCACCCUAGAUGGCCUCGGUGGCAUCACCCAAGUUGGAACCUACGUCAGCAUUGCAGUAGGUCAUGCAGGCACCGCACACCUCGAUGAUCUGGCGUAA